UUCAGCUGGGAUGCCGGCCAUGGAAUCUCAGUCUGACGAGCGUGAUCAUCUUGGCGUUAUCGAAUAUGCUGUUAACGUUCCUGCUAUUGCAAUCGGAGACUUGUAUGCCGGAGACCAUCCCACAGAAAAUAGUGGAAGUGAGCGCCGUCACAGAGUGGAAUCUCGGUACCCUCGUCAAACAGCAGGAACAACAGCCGGAAUGCAUCACGCAGGAUUAUCAACCGACGUCACCUGAUGCUAACAGUCUGCGACUGGAUAUUAAGCUCGGUAGAUGGGACGCUCGGCGGAUAUUCCGAACGUUCGACUCGGUGCUAGUCGGUAGCAAAUUCACGGAAUUGUCGCAGACCUACCGGGUAUGUUUGGCUACCCAGAGUUCCGUGGAAAAACUGCAUUCGCUGGUGCAGGUUGCCUUGCAUUGGACCGGACCGAUGUCCGUGGCGCUUUACGCUGCCGGUGACGAGGAGUUCGAGGUACUGCAGCGUUACCUGGUGUACCUGAGAAGAUGCUACGAGUCCAUCAGAGAAAGGGUGAUCUUCUCUCUGGCUGUGCCGAAGAUGCGACCGCCUAAGAAACAGCCGCGCGUCUUCGAGCUGCCGGAUAUUAUCGAUUGUGCCAAACCGGAAGCCACUCUAAACGAGUUCGCGAGACGUAUAUCUAGCGAGCAGACCAAUUGGCGGAUACGUAACGUUUAUCCGCAGAACCACAUGCGCAAUUUAGCGCGCAAGAACUGCCAGACGGACUACGUGUUUCUGACGGACGUUGACAUCGUGCCGAGCUUCAAUCUGACGGCCGCGCUCGACGAGUUCCUCAGGAGCGACAACUGUGAUAAGUGCGCCUACGUAAUACCCACGUAUGAGUUAGAUACGCGGAUGAGAUUCCCCCAGAACAAGACCGAACUCAUCAGGCUGGCGAGGAAGGGCCUAGCCAGGCCCUUUCACCAAAAGGUCUUUAUACAUAAUCAAUUCGCCACAAACUUUACAAGGUGGCUGCAGGACGUGUCGCCGACACAUAAAUAUCAUGAAAACGUAAGGACCGGUAAGAUCUACGUUAGUCAUGACGUGACGAAUUUCGAAUUCCUUUACGAGCCGUUUUACGUGGCGAAAGAUAUCGCACCGUCUCACGAUGAGAGGUUUAUGGGAUACGGAUAUACGAGGAAUACCCAGGUUUACGAGAUGUACGUGACGGGUUAUCAGUUCAAAGUGCUAUCGCCUGUAUUUACGGGCCACUGGGGACUGCAGACCAGAAAGAGCAGGCCCGCCUGGCGCGAGCGUCAGAACAGUGCUAACAGGAAGCAGUUUGAGACAUUCAAGAAGGAAGUAUUCGCUCGUUACAUGCGAGAUCCGCUGAAGAUGAUGAAAAACGCUAACUGACGAAAGGUUCAUCAAGGAUCUCAUUGAGUCGAAACUUUGCCACCGUCAUUUAUGUUCGUCCUUAGGCUCAACACAUCGAAGAAUCCAGAAUAGAAUUAGGCCUCUGACAAUAGUCAGUGCUCACACCAUUUAAUGUAGUCGAUAGAUUCCAAGUGUUUCACGUGAGUCAACGAAUAAUUCGUCAAAUAAUAUUCAUACUUUAUCUUUCGUUAUUAUUUUAAAGCGACACAAUAUUUCACGUGCAAAUCUUAUAAUUCUCUCUGUCAAGAGAGAAACUUUAACUCCAAUAAUAUUAUUUAUUAUAUAAAUCGCUUAAUAUUUUUUUAUUAAUUGGUGUUUAUUAAUCGUAGUAAAAAUUAUCUUUGAUUAUCUAUAUACGCGUUUACGUAGAAUUUAUUGGAAAUCUUUCACGAAGGAUAGUUGAUUUCAUCCUUUGGACGGGAAUAAUGAUGAAAUCGUAUUAAGCGACGGAGUGCUCCAGUAUGCUCGAGAGAGCAGAUGCCAGAUCGAGUAACCGCGAUUCACGCUACUUAUCGAACCUUCCGGUUCAUCGAUUCCGCUAGGCGAAACCAACCGCGGAAACUCUUGUUACUUCUACUCACGAUUCCCCAAAGUCAUCAGAGACCGCGCCAUACGGGAUCGCGGAAUAAAUAUCUUCUCGUGAGUUUCGCGGCACGUACUCGUGCACGAGGAGCGGGAAAAUGCAGGCAGGGGAUCUUAAGUGAGCGUACCUCGUUAGCUGUCUGGGGCUUAAGAGAGGGUGGCGUUUAAAUCCAAAAUCGAUACUUCGCUUGACGCCGACAUAGUGCCCCGAACGUAAAAUAAAUAAAUAGUAUAAACCAUCGCCAUCACGUAUCGUUCUGGUUGCAUAGAAGGAUGCGAAUUAUUUUAUAUAGAUAUAUAAAAAAUGUCCUAAAUUAUAGAUUCUUUUAUCUGGACAGAUUUCUUGACCAAUAUCGAUUAAAUCGAUUUUUUUAACAACAAAAAAUCGUAGAGCACAUAGAUAAUUUUUUAUAAUAAGAACUUUACAAAUUUUAUAAAUUAACUUUUAGAAUGAAAAUAGUUAAUGAAAAAUUUCAAGAAAUUUAUUUUAAUUGAAUUUUAAUUCGACAUUUGAUUAAGAUAAAUGAAUUUAUACAAAUCGAGAGAAUUUAAAUUGUCCAAAAAAUUUAUAGAUUAUGAAGGAUAUACGGAGAAUUUUGGAUACCGUAUAUAGUCAAAAAUGGCAAUAUAUGAAGGAAUGAAAAAUAAUAUCGCAUUGUCAAAACGCGCUCUACAAGUCAAGGGAUCGACGAUAUUUAUGGCAUCUAAGUCGUAAUGUACGCGUUUCGUUUAACGAUAUAAUGAGGUUGUUUCGUAAGAUCUCAUUGUCUUUACAUUAAUAUAGCACCGUUAUUUGUUUUACUUUAUGAAAUUACAGGGCAAUUAUGAGGCGAAAUGUCCCGAGAUUUGUAUAAGGAUGUAGUCUGCCUUUGCUCGCGCGUUGUAUAAGCGCUCAAUAGCGACAAUGAUUGCUCAAGAAUAUCACCAUCGGUAACAUUUCAUCUGAUUAAUUCUUAGAUAAUAUACUCUCACUUUUCCUUUUAACUGACAUAAUGCAGCCUUUUAGAUAUUUUUAACUUUUUUUUAUAUUUUAUUAUAAAAACGAAGUAUUUUAUCGAAAAUUCCCAUUUCAUUAUUUAUGUUUAACAAUGAUUGCAAGAAGAUGCGUAAUAUGUAAAAAAAUAUAUCAGCUUUUUAGCUUACUUCGUAAAAUUGUGAUGAUAUUGUCGGUGCUGCCAUUGUCAGUUAAAAGUUAAAACGUUAACAUUUAAUUUAAGGCACAGAGUUAUCUUUAUAUUGUAAUGUUUUUACUGAUAGAUGUAAAAUAUAGCGCGUAGACGGUGUUGUGAAAUAAUAUAAAAUGUAAUAAAGAAUUACGAGAAU